ACAAGGUGAGCUUCUUUAUCUUUCAUUCAAGUUUUCUUCGGGGAAUUGGUGGGUUCGUCUGGUUAUAGUUUAAUUAUGUGAUUAGUCGUGAUUCGGGAGGUAGAAGUGAAAUCAUCGCGCGAAUACGAAACAAUAUUAUAAAUGUGCCAUUAUUGUACGGAAUCCAUUUCUUAAAAUUCAACUUUCGCUGACCGAAAAUGGCCACUGAUAAAAGCAGUAGAAAAGAGCCGGGGAUUUUAGUCAAAGGCUAUCUCAUUUUGUACAAUGCCGCUCAAGUUUUGGGUUGGAGUUAUUUGCUAUACCAAAUCGUAACUUUCUAUUUGUCUGGAGAAUACGAAAAUAAAAAAUUAUGGGAUCACGUCAAAACGACUGUUAUAAUUUUUCAGAAUGCUGCAUUGUUGGAAAUUUUCCACACGAUCUUCGGAUUCGUAAGGUCUGGUGUUUUCCUGACCGCAAUGCAAGUAUACUCGAGAGUACUCGUCGUUCUCGGAGUACUGAUCGCCAUUCCGGCAUCUCAAAACUCAAUCGGCGUUCCUUUAGCUUUAGUUUGCUGGUCCAUUACUGAAAUCAUAAGAUACUCUUUUUACGCUCUCGGUAUUCUCAACGCUGUGCCUUACUUUUUGCUAUGGUGCAGAUACACUUUUUUCAUCGUUUUGUACCCAUUUGGUGUAAGCGGUGAAUUACUGUGCAUGUACGCCGCUCAAGCGUACGUCGCCGAACAUAAAAAUUUCACCAUCGAAUUACCAAAUGCGAUGAAUUUCACUUUCAGUUAUCAGUAUUUCUUACUCUUCAACAUGAUCGGUUACAUUCCAGGUUUCCCUCAACUUUACUUGCACAUGUUUACGCAACGUAAGAAAAUUAUUGGUGGUUCCUCUGGUGCUGACAGGGCAAAAAAGUCCAGCUGAACUUGUAGUUUCUAACUGGCGUUUACUCUUUUAUUUUUUUUUUCUGUUGUAUUUUUCUUGUUGUUAUGUGAAGAUAAUUACUUGAUUUACUCCUUAUAUUUUAGUAUUUAAUUUAUAAUUUUCAAGCUGGUGAUCUUUUAGGUAUGGUUAUAAAUUCAAGUCGUACAGAUGAUCAAUUGUUUAAAUUUUUAUAAUGUUUUACAAAAAUGUUUAGAAUAAAAAAACAUGUACAAUUUUUAUUCUCAUA